AUGGCUCCCCGCACUAUUACUCCGGUCAAUACGAAUUGGCAGUUCAAGCAGGAGAAGGAAGACGACGCCUCUUACUUGCCUGUCGCCCAGUUCCCUACCAACGUUCAUCUCGAUCUGCUUCACCACAAAAAGAUUCCUGAUCCGUACAUCGGGAAAAAUGAGCUGCAAGUUCAGUGGAUCGGAGAGACUGUCUGGGUCUACAAGACUACAUUUUCUAGCCCCAAGAUCGGUGAUGGCGAAAAGGCCGUAUUGGCCUUUGACGGCCUCGACACUUUUGCUAUUGUCAAACUGAAUGGCGAGAAGAUUCUCGAAACAGAGAACAUGUUUGUUCCAGAGCGUGUGGAUGUCACGAAGCAUCUCAAGAAAGAUGGCGAGAAUGAGCUUCACAUCAGUUUCGACGCUGCCUACCUGAGAGGCUGGAAGUUGACUGAAGAGCAUCCUGACCACAAGUACAUCGCCUGGAAUGGAGACGGCUCGAGAUUGCCUGUUCGAAAGGCACAAUACCACUGGGGCUGGGACUGGGGCCCUGCCAUGCUCACAUGCGGUCCCUGGAGACCUGUAAAUCUCGAAGUAUACGAGUCCCGUAUCGUUGAUCUCAACUCUGAAUCAGAGGUCGAAGAAUCGCUCCAAACAGCAAAGGUCAUCGUGCAUGCCGAAGCCGAGGGGAAAGCAACAAAAGUCCGCUUUGACGUUUCUCUGGAUGGAAAGGGGGUCGCAUCAGAAACCACACAGGUGAAGGGUGAACAUGCAACUACGACGUUCCAUAUUCAAGACCCAGCCCUGUGGUAUCCGAUCAGAUACGGAAAGCAACCGUUGUACACCAUCAAGGCAACUCUUCUCCAUGGUGACGACGAAAUUGAUUCCGUUUCUAAAAGAGUUGGCCUUCGCAAACUCGAGCUUGUUCAGAGAGAGCUUGAUGGGCAACCCGGCACCAGCUUCUUUUUCCAAGUCAACAACAUCCCCAUCUUCUGCGGUGGAAGUAACUGGAUCCCAGCAGACAACUUCAUCCCUCGGAUUUCCAAAGACAGAUACCGUGACUGGGUCAAGCUUGUCGCAGAAGGCAACCAGUUUAUGCUACGAGUUUGGGGCGGUGGCAUCUAUGAAGAAGAUGUUUUUUACGAUGCUUGCGACGAGUUUGGAAUUCUUGUAUGGCAAGAUUUCAUGUUCGCUUGUGGAAUCUAUCCAGCAUGGCCUGAGCUGCUCAAAUCCAUCGACCAAGAGGCCCGAGCGAAUAUCAAGCGACUGCGACAUCAUCCAUCCAUUGUUAUUUGGGCCGGAAACAAUGAAGAUUACCAAGUGCGCGAGUCAGAGAACCUCACUUACGACUUUGAUGACCAUGACCCUGAGAGCUGGCUGAAGACUGAUUUCCCAGCGCGUUACAUCUACGAAAAGCUUCUCCCAGAGGCUUGCAGAGACCUCAACUCUAAUGCUGUCUAUCACAUUGCCAGUCCUUGGGGCGGAAAGGUCACCACCGAUCCUACUAUUGGAGACAUCCAUCAAUGGAAUGUUUGGCACGGCUCCCAGCAAAAUUACCAAGAUUUUGAUAAGCUCGUUGGUCGCUUCGUUUCCGAAUUUGGCAUGGAGGGUUUCCCAAAUAUCAAGACCAUUGAUGCAUUCCUUCCAAAGGGAAAAGACGACCCUGAGAGGUUUACAAGCUCGUCCACCGUUGACUUCCAUAAUAAAGCGGAUGGCCAACAACGCCGAUUGGGCCUAUACAUGGCAGAGAAUUUCCGGUUCGCCAUUGAUCCUUUGGAGGACUACAUUUACUACAGUCAGUUACUGCAAGCUGAGGCUUUGGCCUCGGCUUAUAGACUCUGGAAGCGACAGUGGCAGGGCCCUAAGAAAGAGUAUUGCAGCGGUGCUUUAGUAUGGCAGACCAACGACUGCUGGCCUGUCACCUCGUGGGCUAUCUGUGACUACUACCUCCGUCCAAAGCACGCAUACUAUACCAUCAAGCGAGAGAUGGCCCCCGUCACUAUCGGAAUGACGCGCCGAGAACACAAGCACCCCAAGGACAAGUACACUCGAGUUGACGUCGAAACCAAGACUCAAGUUGAGAUCUGGGGCAGCAACCUCAACUUGAAAGACGUGACUGUAGACUGCGUAGUCAAGGCUUGGAAUGUCGAAACUGGAGAGGAAACUCACUCCCAAACCGUGUCUUCGGAACUCGUUCUCCAAAGCAAUCGUUCAACAGAGAUCAAGAUUUUGGACGUGCCCGUCAAGAAGCCUCACGCUGACCUUGAAGCAAAGACUGUCGUUGGUGCUUACUUGUACCAAGAUGGCAAGCAGAUUGCGCGAUACGUCAACUGGCCCGAGCCGCUCAAGUACCUUCACUUUCAGAAACCCAAGGAACUCAAGGUCAAAAUCAAUGAAGAAACGAACACCGUUGAGAUCAGUGCCGAGGUUCCAAUGAAAGGACUGGCCUUGGAAUGCGAAGAUGACGAUGUCAGAUUUGAUGACAAUUUAGUUGACAUUGUCCCUGGCGAGGUUGUAAAGAUUGGUAUCAAAGGAGCGAAGAAGGACACUGUCCUCAAGACACAGUAUCUGGGGAUGCAGUAUGCUUAG